AUGCCACCCACGACCUACGAAGUAUACAAAGAACUCGAGCGGGAAGAGCGCUUUGCUCCCCAGGCCGGCUCGAGCCAGGAAUCUUCCUACAACACAUGGCGGGAGCGCGCCAUCGGACGCAAUCUGCGUCGCGGCAUUGCCCUCAUCAUCGGCUGUUGGCUGAUCUACUUUCUUUAUUUGAAUCGCCUUUAUGCCGCCUCUAUCACACAGAGAUUUAGCAAUAAUAAGAACGGGGUGUCGGACUAUGAUGCCACAGCAGACGCCGCCGUCUCCGGCCAAACCACCAGGGUUGCGCUGGAAGCACAUAUCAUGAGCAAGUGCCCUGAUGCUCAGGACUGCUUGCAGAAACUUGUCGUACCGGCCAUGGAAAGAAUCAGUGACAAGGUUGACUUUGAGUUGUCAUUUAUUGGAAGUGUCUCCGAAAAGACAUCUGACGUCGAGUGCAAGCACGGACCGACCGAGUGCAUCGGCAACAUUCUCAUGCUUUGCGCCGCCAAUCUCCCGUUCCAUUCUGCCAAUAGUGUCGUCUCGUCGACGCCGCGGACUCCAGUAAUUCGGUCUCUGGGCUUUGCCAACUGCCUAAUCAGUGACUAUGAACAAAUCCCAUCUCGCUCCCUAGUGGAAAGCUGUUCGUUGGAGCAUGGAAUCGACUUUGAAUCCCUAAACCAGUGCGCCAGUCACGAAGACGAUAACCUGGACGAUCCCCAGGACCCAAUCACAGAUGACCCAAGUGGCAUUUCUCUACUGCGUCAAAGCGUAAAGCAUAGUGAGGAUGUCGGUGUCAAGACGAGCUGCACCGUGCGCGUGGACGAGAAAGUGUGGUGUAUUCGAGACGGCGGCGAGUGGAAAGAUUGUUACAAUGGGAGCGGCGUGACCACAUUGGUGGAAGAGGUGGAAAGAUUAUGGGAGCAGAGAAACUGA